AUCCUCCUUGACAGAAAGCUCACACUGUCUCCUUCAGAGCUGCCAUCCAUUUCAAGGUAUCAAACAGCACUUGUAUCCCUUUCUCGAGGCCGGCACUGAGGAUUACUUACCUGUGUAUUUAUUCAUCCAAUAUCGACAUCUCCAAAACUUCGCUUUUUAUCCCCGAUGAAUUCACCUGGUCCAGUUAACUCUCCAAAAAAUUCCAGUCGAUACUCCCAUGCACGCGCAAUCCUUGGACCAGAAUUAUCUAAACGUCUUCCAGAAACGAGAGUGUUACUUGUAGGCGCGGGUGGUAUUGGUUGUGAAUUGUUGAAGAAUAUAGUUCUGACCGGUUUUGGUCAUAUUACGCUACUUGACCUUGAUACUAUCGACCUCUCCAACCUCAAUCGUCAAUUUCUUUUCAGAAAAAAGGAUAUUAAACAGAGUAAAGCUCUCGUGGCUGCUCAGACCGCAGGUGCUUUCAAUCCCAAUGUGCAUAUCAAUCCGAUUCACGGCAAUAUCAAAGAGCCACAGUUCGAUAUCGAGUGGUUUCAGCAAUUUGAUGUUGUUCUGAAUGCUCUUGACAAUCUGGAUGCUCGUCGGCACGUGAACAAGAUGUGCAUGGCUGCUCAAGUACCUCUAGUUGAAUCAGGCACAGCUGGUUAUCUAGGCCAAGUGCAACCUUUAUUGAAGGACCGCUCAGAAUGCUUUGAUUGUAUACCAAAGCCUACUCCUACGUCCUUCCCUGUUUGUACGAUCCGCUCCACCCCGUCCCAACCCAUUCAUUGUAUUGUAUGGGCCAAAAGUUAUCUACUACCACAAUUAUUCGGAGAAGAUGAAAAUGCUGGCACUGAACUGGAUGACGCCGAGAAGCAGGGUGAAAAUGCUCAAGAAAUUGCUACUCUUCGUAGGGAAGCGCAAGCUUUCAAAGCUGUGCGCACUGCUCUGCGGUCGGAGUCAACCGCUGCGGAUGCAUCUCGCAUGGCAUUUCAAAAGGUGUUCAACUCCGAUGUACUCAAUCUUCUGUCUAUGGCCGACAUGUGGCGUUCACGAGUGCCUCCUCAACCACUAGAUUUCGACGCGAUCAAGGAGGGGCAAUUCAAGCUGAAACACCAAGCAAGCAAUACAGCUAAUCCACCUGCCAAUGGGAAGUCAAUACCACGUAAAAAUGGAAGCGCUAAAGGUAAACAUGAACCCACCAACGGAAACAAUGUAGAGCCAUCCGGUUCUCAAAACGGAGCAGGAUUGAAAGACCAGAGAGCUCUUAGUCUCCAAGAUAAUCUAGCUUUGUUUGUAUCUAGCACCAACCGCCUGGCUGCUCGUCUCCAAACUGGCAAAGAAGACACGAUAUCAUUCGACAAGGACGACGACGACACAUUAGAUUUUGUUACUGCCGCUGCCAAUCUUCGCUCUGCUGCAUAUGGCAUCGAACGUAAGACACGAUGGGAAGUCAAAGAAAUGGCGGGCAAUAUCAUACCUGCGAUAGCUACCACCAAUGCUAUCAUUUCUGGAUUGAUUGUCCUGCAGGCACUCCAUCUCCUCCGUAAAUCUUAUAGCGCACUGAAGAACGUUCAUCUACAAUUCAAACCCACAGUUCCUCUUAGCACGAUAAAUAUGUGUCCCCCAAAUCCAAAAUGUGGUAUCUGCAGGGAUACAUAUGCAAAAGUGCUCUGUGACCCAUUCAAGGUCACGUUGGGGGAAUUUGUGGAUGGUAUUCUCGGUGAUGGGGAAGGUGAGGGUCAGGGAACAGGCAAGAGAGAAGUGAGUGUGUACGAGGAUAAGCGGGUCCUGAGUGAUCCAGACUGGGACGACAAUAAUGCGCGGACUCUUGAGAGUCUUAAUGUCACGAGGGGCAAGUUCCUGACGAUCGUAGACGAAGAAGGCGAGUGGGGGACGAUCUCGGUCGCAUUGGGUGUGCUUCCCGCCGAUUAUCCCACUAGCGGCCCUGCAUUUAUCUUGCCAUCACCACUACCAAAGCCUCCGCGGCAAGUUCGACCAUCUACACCGCCACCACCUGCACCUUCUCUCAAGCGUUCUGCUCCUGACGACGACGACGUAUCUGAGAUUGAGCCUUCGUCGAAACGGCUGAAAACAAACGGUGACGUCACGAGCCCAAACAAGAAGCGGAAGCUAGACGAAGAUGGACUUAUUUUGUUAGAUAGUGCCAACGAUAAGAUGUUGGACGAAGAUGUCAUCGAGAUAGAUUGAGUUUUAUAUUUUUACUACCUUAUCUUUGCUUUCAGUACUCAUAUUCUUAGGAAUCUUAGUUGAUUUUCCUAGGUCAACGUUGUAUUCUUUUCUAAAUAUUCUGCUCUCAACAUCGCUACUUCUCCAUAUCUAUGGUAAUGAUACACUGUUAUCAUACAUU